AUGAUGACGACAAGAGCUGGCGUGUGCCGCGUGGCCAGCGCCCUGCUCUGGCUGGGCAGCCUUGCGCUUGGCCACGAGCAGUCGGUACAGAUUGAUCUGACGUCCUACUUCAAUCACAAGGCGUUCGGGACCUAUCCUAACGAGACCACCUUUGACACCACGUACAACCGGUCGUACCCGCCCCUCAAUGACCUCGCGCCAGAAGGGGUCUACACAUCAGGCUUGACGGGGAUCCGGUACAGCUUUCCAAGCUACACGGGCCCGUUGAAGCCAGACAACCUCAUCUGCGAGGGGCAGACGAUCCCAAUCCCCAGCAGCAGCAAUGGCACCAACACCACCAGCACUGGAAACCCCUUCAGUCUCAACAUGCUCAUCGCCAACGACCUGCGCGACGCCAUCGUCUCGUACAACCUGACGUACGUCUACUCGGACGGGACCACGGCCGUGGCUGAGAUGCGCGCGCUGUCGUUUUUCAAUUUCCUGACCAUCACGCACGGCGAGAUCAUCAGCCCUUUUACCUGGACGCCUGCCGGCAAGGACUGGAACACCAGCCAGAUCUUUGAGUUCACAGGGCGCCUCGACCCGACCAAGACUCUGACGGCGGUACAGCUGCCUGUGGCCAACAACGCAACGGUGGGAAGGGUGCAUGUCUUUUCCAUGUCUGUGUGGGCAGGCGAGACUGCCGCAGCUGGCCCCUCUGUUGCGGUCCAGGACGUGCGCCCGACGCAGAAGUGGACCGAGGCGGGCAACCAGGUUGUCGAGGUCACUCUCAACAAUGUGGGCACCGAGUGCGUCUCUGGAUCGGGUGUGACUCUGUCCUUGAAGGGACCUGGGGUGCGCACAGAGGAGACAGCUUCUCUGAAGAGGCUCUGCCCUGGCGAUCAGAAGCGUGUCCAGGUUGGGGUGACUGGGUCGGCCAACGGGACUUUUGUCAACGUCCUGCUGUCUGGACAGGGCCUCAACGAGACGUCAGCAGCCUUCACCAAUCUCGACUUUGGCUUUGAGAACUUCACGACGGACCUGGACAGCCUGGGCAAGCAUGAGUCACCACAGUGGUUCGACGAUGGGAAAUUUGGAAUCAUGAUCCACUGGGGCGCGUAUUCGGUGCCAGCUUAUGGCGGCAUCGCCCCCAACGAGACGUAUGCCGAGUGGUUCUGGUGGUAUUCCAACAACCACCAGUUCGGCAGUGACAAGAGCGACUGUCUCGAGUACCGCCUCGAGACCUUUGGCCCUGACUGGGACUAUGAUGACGGCUUUGUCAGCUUCACCGCCUCGGCCUGGGACCCCAAGGAGUGGGUAGACCUCUUUGCCGACGCGGGGGCCAAAUACUUUGUGCUGACGACCAAACACCACGACGGCCUGGCCCUGUUCGACACGGGUUCGACGUCCAACCGGUCCUCGCUCCACUACGGCCCAGGUCGUGAUAUUGUGCAGGAGCUGUUCGACGCGUCAGCAGAAUACCAGCCAAGCCUGAAGCGAGGGACGUAUUUCUCCCUGCCCGAGUGGUACAACCCAGACUUUGGCCCUUAUGGCUUCUCCCAGUUCGACACGGUCGGAUCCACCAACUGGCUGGGCAUACUGGCGACCAACCCCUUCACAAACCUGACCGAGCCGUACACGGGCAGGCUGGAGAUUGGCGACUUUAUCAAGGACCUGCAGUACCCACAGAUGGAGACCCUGGCGUACAGGUACGGCUCGGAUAUUAUGUGGUGUGACUGCGGCACGGCCAACAAAACGGCCGAGUUCGCCUCGAGCUGGUGGAACUGGGCUCGCUCCGAGGACCGCCAGGUGGUCAUGAACAGCAGAUGUGGCGUGGCACAGGCCGCAGACUUUGAGACCCCAGAGUACACCACGUACUCCUCGGCCCAGCGGCACAAGUGGGAGUCGAACCAGGGCAUGGACCCGUACAGUUACGGCUUCAACGCCCAGACCCCUGCGGCCUCGUACAUGAACGCCUCGACCAUCGUCUACACCCUGGUGGACAUUGUCGCCAAGAACGGAAACUUCUUGCUGGACAUUGGGCCCAAGAAGGACGGGACGGUGGACGAGACGGAGGCGAGCCAUCUGAGGGAGGCCGGGCGGUGGAUCCACGCGCAUGCAGAGGCUAUCUUCAACACGACGUACUGGUUCGUGCAGACGCAGAUCGCGAGCCCGCAGGAGGUGCGUUUUACCCAGACGGAGGACGCCUUUUACAUCCUCUUCCUGGACGAGCCAAUCAUCAGUGACCUUGAUGGGUAUGUGUGGGUCAACGCAACGUUGCCCGUCCUGGAGGGCGACGUGGUCUCCAUGGUGGGUGCCAAUGGGACCGAUGACUUGGCCUGGAAGACGUCGGAGGAGGGAUACCUUGCUAUUGAGGUCGGUGCUGAGGCGCUGGCCAGUGAGGAGUACUGCUGGGUGUUUAAGAUUGCCUACUCGGCAUAA